CUGGUGAGCAGCUCGCUGGGUCCCGCAGGUCGCAGAGAGGGAUCGGCGGUUGCGGGCGCGACGGGCGGCCGCUGGCUCCGAUGGAGGCUUUCCACCCCAGCCAGCUGGAGAAGCAUCACCGCCACCACCACCAGCCCGUGGAGUUUCUGCAAGGCGCCGGCCGGUACGGCGCGAAGAGCCACAGCGCCUACGGGAACGCGUUUAACUCGUGGAAUGACUACCUUGGGCUGGCCACGCUGAUCACCAAGGCAGUGACCCAGGAGAAGGGCUUCAGGACCGGGCCCUCCUCCGUGGUGGUGGCAGCGACCGUGCAGCAGGUCCAGGCGGCCGAGGAGGGGGACGAUGACGAAGAGGAGGAGGAUGAGGAGGAAGAAGACGAAGAGGAAGAAGUCGGGACCCAGUAUUUCGAGAACUCCCUGGAUUUGCGCGACUUCGACUUGUGCAGUCAUCACCACCUUAACCCCGGCGAAAGUCUGCUGGAGGAGCGCUUUGCCGAUUUCAGCCCCUUCUCGGGCCGAUCCAGCCCGGCCUCGGUCGUGUUCAACUGCUCCGCGGAUCACCUGGAACGAGAUCGCUCGCCGCACGCCUGGGGCGGCCGCCUGGUGGUCGACGGCCGGCUGCAGGCUCCCCAGAAAAGCGGCUCCAGGCUGCUCAAGCCGGAAUUGCAGGUCUGCGUCUUCUGCAGGAAUAACAAGGAAGCCGUGGCCCUCUACACCACGCACAUCCUCAAGGGACCCGAUGGCCGGGUCCUGUGCCCGGUGCUGCGGCGAUACACGUGUCCGCUGUGCGGAGCGAGCGGGGACAAUGCGCACACGAUCAAGUACUGCCCCUUAUCCAAAAUGCACGGCAGCGCCCCCAAACAGCCGCUCAAAACCGCCAGGCACAUCUUGGGCAAGAAGCUUCGCUAGGGGGCGCUGCGCGAGCCUUUGGGCUUCGGUGUUUGGAGGGACUGCGGCUGCCCUGGGAGCAAAACCCACAGAUGCAUCUCCGUUUUUGUUUUCUUUUGCGCGUGUGCCCCCUAAAGGGGAAAAAAGACAUUUCCUUUGGGUUUUUUAAAAAUAAUGCCCUUUAAUCGAAUGAUGUUUCUGCUUAAUAUAUUUAAACACGAAGACGGUAGAAUGUACAGAGAGAAAUGUUCUUGAUUUAUGUAUCAGAUAAUCGAGUAUAGUUUCUAGUUUGUAUAUGUAGUAGCCAGGAUGCCUGGCCUCUGAAUUAACUCUAUUAAGAAUUAUAACAUACCAUUUAGAGGUACUGUAUUUGUUUGUUGUAAAACAUAUCUAAUUUUUAAAUGGGAUGGACUAUAUCCUUCAGGAGUAUGCUCCAACUGAUGUAGCUUUCUUUAAUAUUAAUUUUUGGCUGGGAAAGGAGCAUUCUUUUAAAAAGCAAAGAACUUUUAAACAGAGCCUGAAAAGAGCCCUGUAACAUGAACUUUGUCUGAUUGACAUACAUAUGACCCAAAUGAAGAUUAUUUUUUAGGCGUGUAUUUAAAUAGGUGGGUCCUACCGUAGCUAAGGAGCAAGGCUUUAAAGGGUACUGGUGAAUUAAAUGUAUUAGACUGACGUUUGUUUCUAUUGAUGUCUUCAGUGUCUAAGCAAUAUUUGGUUGUAAAAGUUGAAACUGGAGGUUACAGUUUAUGUAUGUUUGGGAGACUUAUAGUACAGAAUUACUCUUUAAACUCCAUAUUCAAGAUUUAUUUAUAGUCUGUCUUUUUGUUUAUCAUUCCAAAAACCUCAAUUUUUAUUCGAUACCCCUCCUUUCUUUAAAUGGCAAUCAUCUCCCUAUAGCACAGCUGAGAUUACUUGGUUGAUUUUAUAAAGUGGAAGUA